UCGAAUUUCUUUUACGAAAAUCGAAUAAGCCUUCAACAGUUCUGCCUUUUUGCGGUGCUUUUUGUACGAAAGUAUUAUUUCGGAUUGUACUAUGCGCGUAAAUUUUAGAGGGACGUUUUACUGAAUCCAUUGAACGCCGCCGACCAGAAUGUCGGAUUGUGAUCGUCUACGAACGUUAUCGGAGUUGAUCGCCUUCCUCGAGCCCUUCCACCCCCUGGCCGACAUCCCCCUGGCCCCCUUCAUCACCGACAACCUCUUCCACACCACCGUCCUCCCGUUGUUCCCCUCCAGCCAGGACGCGGAUCCCGCGCUCCUCUUUCCCCAGUUCUGGGACUUUUGCGUGGUUUUAUGGAAAUCUCCCAUCACCGAGUACCCAGAGGCGCGGAAUCCCUGGGAGAAGCUGGCGCGGGACGCGGCGUGUAAAUGCCGUUUAUUGGUCAGUGGACCGCCCCCGGAGGCGGACGCCGUGGACGGGAAGUUGGCCAGUGUCAUGAUGAUGUCGGAGAAGAAGCUCCAGGAGAUUUGUGCUAUGGCGCCGGUUGUUCGUGACGUUGCGGAGGAGUGUCAAGUGCGGCAGGUAGUGGAUGUGGGCUGCGGGAAGGGCUAUUUAAGCGCCUGGCUGAGUCUCCGCGACGGCCUGGACGUGCUGGGCGUGGAGAUGUCGGCCAGCAACAUCCAGGGCGCCGCGACACGCUUGCGCCGGUUGAAUCAGCAGUGGAACGCCGUCCGCAAGCGCCUGCCGGUCGCCGGCGACAGCGGCGGUCCAGGGCGGCUGACGUUCGCCUGCCAGGCGGUGGGCGAGGACGCGCAGUUGGACGGCGUCGACGGGCGUUUCGUGGUGUGCGGACUGCACGCGUGCGGCAGCCUCUCCGACCACAUUAUCCGCAUGUUUCAGCGGAAUGAUCAGGCCGCGGGAUUGGUGCUGGUGCCGUGCUGCUAUCAUUUAAUGGAAGAAAGGUUUGAGGGGGGAAAUUGUAGCGCCGCUGCGGCAUUCCCUUCGUCCACCUUCCUGCAGUCGCGCCGGUAUCGUCUGGGGCGGAACGCGCGCAUGCUGGCGUCGCAGAGCGUGGAGCGGACGCUGGCCGACCGCGCGGCCUUCGAGCGGUCGGUGCGGGCGCUCUUCUUCCGCGCUCUCCUGCAGGUCGUCCUCCGGCGUCACGGUCUGGAGGAGCGCGUGCAGAGUGUCGGCAGCAUCAAGACCGUUAACGGCGAUUUCGUCGCGUACGCGCGGGAAGCGCUGGAUGAUGUACCGAUGGACGAAGAGGAGCUGGAAGCGGUGUACAGGGAAUACGCCCCCGUGGAGCUGCAGUUGCGUCUGGUGUGUCUGACACGGAUCCUGCUGGCGCCGCUGAUCGAGCAGAUCAUCCUGCUGGACCGGGCCUGCGCGCUGGAUGAACGGGACGACAUCGGGGAUGUGGGCGUGGUGGAUCUGUUUGAUCCGCGCGUGUCGCCCCGACGCUGGGCCGUCGUCGCACAGAAAAAACUAUGACUUGCAGUUCUCCUGAUUUCCGUUGUUUUUCGCAUUUGUACGUUUUUUAAUGGGCGCUUAGGCGUGAAUUUGUCACGCCGGGUCUGCUAAGCGGUUAUGAGUGCACAGCGAUAAGCAGGAAAUCAUCGAUAAUAAAUGGGUCAAGUAUUGGUCACAAAAGGUCAAGCCUA